AGUAACAAUUGUCAGUAGGAAAUGUAGGUGUAUUAAUUUCAUUCUUUAUAAUCCCAGAGUAUCAGUAGCAUUUAUUUCAGUUAUUUAUUAUUGCUUGGAAUACAGAUAGUUUCAACUAAUUCCUAACGUGGCAGAAAAAAAAUAUUUUAAGCUAAUGUUUGUGGAAAUUGCAGUUACAGUCAAUCAUAUAUUAUCACACUUGUACACAAAACUCCCAAGACGUCGAGUUGACAGCUUUGGUGAAGAACUAGAAAAGUACCUUCAAGCCAAAUUCCAGCACCACUGGUUCCCCAAUGACCCACUCAGAGAUUCUGCUUAUCGAUGCAUAAACUGUGUCGGUCCUCAAGUGGAUCUUCUUCUUCCUGAAGCAGCAGCUGUAAGUGGAUUGGAGUGGAGUGAAAUAGAAGCCUGUCUCCCAGAUGGUCUCAUAAUAAGUGUAGAUCCUGGGCAUGUAGCAUGCCAGUACAACCAAACUAAUUGCUCAAUUCAUGAUAGAUUUACUUCGAAUCAUUGGCCUUCAUCAUCGGUUUCUUUAUCAUCUUCUGGAUGUUCUUCUGCUUCUUCAUCGAUCUCAUCAUCUAACUUGACAUCAAUCUCAUCUCAAACCACACAUCAAGUUCUUUACUGCUUGCAGGAUGCAUGGCCAACAAGUAUCACGAGUGUGCAAAGUGAAAAUAGACAAGAUCCUUUUUCAACAAAACAUGGACGUUCAGAAAAUGAUCAUGGGGAUUUAUUGGCUACUGCUGCUGCUUUGAGUGUGUUGGCUGAACCUGAUGAAGUAAAUGAUACUAAAGUAGAAUCCAGUGCAGCAUACGCAGUUAAAUUACCAGUAGCAAAUCACACAAAUUGGAGCCAUGAGAAUGUGUCUAUGAGGAAUCAUGAGGAGUUAUCUAAAAUUCAACUAAACGAAGUUGAUUUUAAGCCACCAAAUGGUUUACACACUGAAAUGUGUGACGAAAAAGAGGCUGUAAGUAGUUUUCCGUGGAAUUUUUCGGAAGGUGGGAAGGGACCUAGUUUGUUAUCAGUGUUAGAUAGUGAUUCGAUUGGAGGAACACCCUCAACAACUCAGUCAGUGGUUUUUAACGUAAAAACACAUACAUUCCCUCUGUUUCACCGUUCAUCGUCUAAUCCACCUCAGUCAGCACAGCUGACAAACCCUCAUCUUAAUGAGUUUAUCGCUUUAUCUGCAAACUGUGUAAAUUCAAACCUUUUAAGCUCGAAAUUCGACCAGCCAAUGAACUCAGUGUUUACACAUACAUCACCAAAAUCAUUUCCAACAUACCUACAACCUGUCAACACAACAGUAUCAACUCAUCCAUUUGUCCAAAAGUCCACUUCCACACCAAGUUUCACAGCUGCUACUUUUGCUCAAACUAAAUUUGGAUCGACGAAAUUAAAAAAUCAUACUAAACGUACACCAACUCGUAUUCUGUCUCCAACUACGGUACAACAAAGUCUUGCGCCUGUUAAUAAUACCAGUUUCUUGUCAAACGAAACGGCUGCUGCAAACGGCUUUUUAGUCAAUAAUUCUCGUAUUGAAGCAUCGAAUACGACGAAUUUAAGUGCGUUUCAAUGUUUUCUACCUAUGAAUAUUGAAAUAAAUACAAGUAAACCAGUUAACUGUUUAACCAUAAAUGGAUCUACUCUAUCCACUCACAAUGACUGCCGUAAUAUAAAUUUACAUCAUGAUAAUGGAAACUCUAUACCAUCAUUUCAUCAACGAAAUAUGUGCAAUAAUUUUGCGCUGUCAAAUCUAGAAAAUUAUCUGUCAUAUUCAUCUGAAGAGACUAGUCCAAACAGUGUUUUGGAUAGAAUUCAUCUAAAUGAGGUUCACAAUAUACAAACUGUAUCGAACUACUGGCAUUCAUCAUCAUAUGAAAAACAGAUACAACGUAGUAACAUAAUACCAACAGCAGCAGCAACAACAACCACAACAAGUGAUGGAACGGUUUUAAAGUCAGGUAUUAUUAAUUUUAACAAUCUGGGAUUAUGCACCAACUGGAAUACCAAUAGUAAUACAUCAUCUAUUAACUCAGACAUUUUCAAUGUCUCAAGUAAUCAAAUGAUGAACAACGAUUUUAAAAGUAAUAUACCACGACUGCUACCAGCAUCGGUUCCUACUGCUAGUGUCACCGAACAACAUCCAGUACAACAAAAGAUGAACGUAAAUUUAGACGAAAUAAUUUGCAACGAUAGUAUGUGUACACCAUCAUCAAAAAACAAUAAGGGGAAUGACUGUCUGCUAGACGAUGUCAUGCUCUCAACAAGAAUGGUGAAUCUGUUAUUGGAAGAAGACAACCUUAAUGAAUCACAGGGUAAUAAUAUACUGACAAGUCAUCUGCAAGAAGAAGAUUACACAGAAGGGUUUACAAGUGGGAAGAACGACUUAUUUUCAAAUACAGUAGAAACAGAUGCUGCUCGUAAUAAUAUUAAGAUGUGUAGUGCUGAUACUAGCCAUCAUGAGGCAAUAAAAGACUUCUCAACAGGCGAAAAAUGUGAAGAAUCUAAUCUAGUUAGUUCCGUGACGUCAACAGCCAAUGACGUCACAGAAAGCGUGCUUAACACUGAAGCUGUCUAGUCUUUCUGGAUGACUCUAAGACCAGAGCACAUUGCUGUUUUUGUUCCUCUAACCCAAUUUUAUAAAUAUUUCGAUUUUGCUUUACUUUUUCCCUGUUAGUUUUCAAGUCCAUUCUGACUAUUCCAUUUAUGUUCUUACCUUCAGAUUGUCAUGAUAUUGCCAGUUAUUACUACUACUAUUAAAAUUAUUGCCACUAUUAUUAAACCUAGAUUCAAUCUAUGUGUCAGUUUACCGUAUGAUGAAAGCCUAAGUAUUUAUUUGCUUUAAACUCUUAUCUAUUUUUUGUUAUUAGUUGUCUUACACAUCAACGGUUUUUUUAACACAAAAAAGAAGGGAGAAAAUCAGAAUCAAAUCUUCCUAAUAUCUUUUAUCAACAAUAUUACCCCAGUUUUAACUCUACACACUGGUAGAAGUACAGAGAUGCAUGCACGUAUGCAUAUUGAUUAACAUCAGGCCUACGCAUUUGACCUUAAAAAUGACAUCUAAUGCAACAGGCAUAAGUGUGUCUGUGUACGCUCUAGGAAUGUCUGCUACAGAAUUAGACUAACAGUUCUUUCCCUAUGAACAUACCUAUGUUCUUUUUUAAAGGAAAAAUACUGAAUAACAUCCAUUUUACAAUAAAAUACAUUGAUUGACGAUUUAGAAUCGAUUAGUAUGCCUCUUUUUGCUCCAUUCAUUUAGUAUGCGUGACAGAAUAUUCAGAGAAUAUCGAUAAACUAUUCCCAUAGUAAAACUCACUCGAUUGAUUCAUUAAAGGGAGGAUGCGAAAAUGAACAGAGAACAACCAAUUCCGUUAACACUUAUCAAUAUUGACACAGAUGCCUAUCAGUAAAAUGAAAGCUCAAUUUCGUAUAGAUUUUGUAGUCUGAAAUGCAUAGGCUGAAUUAGAAAAAACUUCCGUAAUUUUGAAAAUAGUAAAAAGAAGAAAUCAGCAAGAAACGUUUGCAGAGAAAUUAUACACUGAUAAAUCAAAACAAAACAGAAUAAAAGUUUUUAUUUUAUUUACUUACAAUUUACAUAUUUUUAAUUUGUACAAUCAACUGUUUGUUUUGUUUACGUUAUCUUCCCCUUUUUCCACUAAAGCUUAUUGUUUGUUAUGCAUUGAAUACAGAUACCAAAGUUACUAUUUUUAGUUUAAUACUACAGAGAUCGGUUGAUGCUCACCACUACUAUUACCAACCGUAAGUUCUUUCUUCCUCUUUGGCUACUUUUUUGUACUGAAUGAGAUAUUUGCAAAACUAAAAAAGAAAACACCAAUGAUAAACAUACAGAGAAUAUGUUUGUUCUGAGAGGGUCUAGAGGUCCUCUAUUUUUGUCAGCAGUUUUUAUACUGUUUCUACAAUUCUUAAUUGGUUACCAUUAUUAUUAUUACUACUAUUACUGUAAAAAUGAUUGUUAUUACUAUUACUAAUCGUACAUUUGUUAACAAAUGUUUUCUUUUCGAUUCUAAGUAUUACAUAGACAUGAUUAAUUUGCUGAGUGUGCAGAAACACGAAAAUAACUUUUAACCACAAAAAAUUCAAAUGAGGUGUGUUCACAUUUUCCAGUGCUUGUAUGUAUUUGUGUGUAUGUGAGAGUGUGUGCGUAUGUGUGUGUGUGUUUAACUGAUUAAGAGAGUCAGGCAUUCAGUAUUCUAAUGGAAGUACGUGGAACGUAAAACUAGGGAGGCAGUAUGAUAGUUUUAAACAAAUAAAAGAGGAUGAAGUGAAAACCGAUUGCAUGAUAAAUUUUUGUUUCCAUUUUCUUUCUUCUAUGAGGUAUUUUAGUGAACAGAAAUUGUUAAACUCAAGGUUCGUGGAUAAGCUGUGCUUACUCUAAAAGUGUGAAAGUAUUUAAAAACUCUAUUUGUUUCUCUUUUCGUUUCUUCUUUACCUUCGAGCCUAUCAUCUCCUCUUUUAAUUAUUAUUCCACCUUGAAAGUAUGCAAGGCUACACACACACGCACUUACGCAAACACUCAUUUGUGGUAACUGAUAGAUGGCAUUGCGCAUAACACAAAACGUCAAAAAAAAAUAACAGAACAAACAAAUAACAUUUCAUAAGGUUGUAUUUUUUAUUAUUACUAUUUUAAGCUGUGAGAAUUAGUCAUUUUUUUCGUAAGCUUGUGUAUUUUUUCCAUGUUUUUAAUUGAAUUAAUAAUUCCCAAUUCAUAUUAACAGA